AUGAAAGGCAUCCCAUAUGUACAAUAUAAAGUAAUCUUCUUGGGAGAUGUAAAUGUAGGAAAGACUUCCUUAAUCUGUCGGUAUAUGUACAAUAUAUUUGACCCUGCAUACACAGCGACGAUUGGGAUUGAUUUUAUCUUAAUCUUAAUUAAAGGUCGGCUCCUACAGAUUGGUUGCACAGUCACCAAGCACCCUCUCUAGGGUUCUUCAGCUUUGCGACGCCGCCGGCUAAACUGACCAUGAUUGAGAUAAGCCCAGUGAGAAAAGGAUCUGCAUCACUUGCUCUUAUUUCGAACCUUGACGCCAUGGGACAUGUGAAAUGUUCACUCUUGGGCCUCCUCCUUGCCUUGCGGCACUAGAGUGGGCGGACUAUGGACUUUUGCAGUUACUGCUUGAGUGCACGAAUUUUGUCCACACAAAAUCACAAAAAAUGGAAUUUGGAGUCCUCUCAGCAAAAAGAAAAAUUCUAGGACUAGGUGUAACUCCCAGCUCGCGCUAUGAAAAUUGCUAAUUAUUCCAGAAAUUUCCCCCUUUGGGUAAAAUCAAACUCUGAAAGCAGACUUGGACUAGGCUCCCGCGCUGCUGAAACUGCUUACCUAGCUUUGUGUCCAUUUCUGGGUUAGCAAAACCUUGCAGGAUAUAAUUAAAUUUGCUCGAGGCUACGUUUUGGAAGCGAUGCCCAGACCAAGACGUCAAUUUUAAAUAUAUGGUUGAUUUUUUUAUCAAGGACUUUAUACAAAGAUGAACAACUUCUUAAGUUGCAUUUCUGGGACACAGCUGGGCAAGAAAAAUACAAAUCUUUGAUUCAUGGCUACAUCCGUGACAGUACUAUAGCUAUUGUAGUUUAUGAUGUUACUAAUAGAGAAAGUUUUGAAAAUCUGCAAUCUUGAAUAGGAUUAGUAAGAAAAGAAGCAGGAAAUUCUGUUAUCAUCAUAAUUGUUGCGAAUAAAAUCGAUCUGGAUAGAAUCGUUAACCAAGAAGAAGGAAUGACUAGAGCUUCAGAAAUGGAAGCUCUCUACAUUGAAACGAGUGCGAAAACAGGGGAAAAUGUGAAGGAACUGUAUACAUUGAUUUUUCAAAUUGUGCCACUUUUGAAUACUAAUUUUAAAAUAGGUGAUCUAUCCAAAGGACUUGCACUGCAGCCACCUAAAAAGGUGCAGCGCUGCUCAUGCUAA